GUUAGCGCGAGCCAAUGGGUCCGGGCGGGCUGUGAGCGGAGCUGAGCGCGAGGCUGCGGGGAAGGGAUGGCCCGUGGCGGCGCGAGGCGGCACCGCGGGACUGGUGCACCACGCGCUGGCUGCCGGGGGGCGAUGAGAACUCGCGAUCUCCUCCCCCGCCCCGCUGGCAGCUGCUGCAGCCUCCCCGUCUCCCAGGGCUGCUGAGGCUCGGGCACGGCGCCUGCCUGUCAGAGGGGCUCGCGCUGCCCUUGCGUUCCGCCUGGCCCAGGAGCCGGCCCGGGAGGCUGGGCGCAGCCCUUGCCGCGCGAAGGGGGCUGGCGCUGCCCGGGCGUUAGCCGCUGCUCCCUCCCCCGCCGCUGCUUGCUGCAUGCUCACCCCGCUCCAGUGAGAGCCGCGGCGGGGCGGCUUCUCUCCCCUCCCGCCCUCCUUCCCCGCCGACUGGAGGUGGGAGGGAGAGAAGCGACCCAGCGAGGAAGGAGCCGGGUGUGCGGAGCGGAGCCAUGCGAGAAUACAAAGUGGUGGUGCUGGGCUCGGGCGGGGUGGGCAAAUCCGCCCUCACCGUGCAGUUCGUGACCGGCUCCUUCAUCGAGAAGUAUGACCCCACCAUCGAGGAUUUCUACCGCAAGGAGAUCGAGGUGGAUUCCUCCCCCUCGGUGCUGGAGAUCCUGGACACCGCCGGCACCGAGCAGUUCGCCUCCAUGCGGGACCUCUACAUCAAGAACGGGCAAGGGUUCAUCCUGGUCUACAGCCUGGUCAACCAGCAGAGCUUCCAGGACAUCAAGCCCAUGCGCGAUCAGAUCAUCCGGGUGAAGAGGUACGAGAAGGUGCCCAUGAUCCUGGUGGGCAACAAGGUGGACCUGGAGGGCGAGAGGGAGGUCUCGUAUGGGGAAGGCAAAGCUCUGGCCGAGGAGUGGAGCUGCCCCUUCAUGGAAACUUCAGCCAAAAACAAAGCUUCAGUGGACGAACUGUUUGCAGAGAUUGUCAGGCAGAUGAACUACGCUUCCCAGCCCAACGGGGACGAUCAAUGCUGCUCGUCCUGCGUGAUCCUCUGAAAGGGCGUGGGGGGCAAUGUUGUCGUUCGCAAAGGUUUACAACAAAAAGAAGCAGCAAUGUGAUCGUUCGAAACAAAGAUUGGAAACAACUUUGCAUACACAAGGAUUCCAGGCUGCAGCAGCUGCUGCUGCAGUGAUCAGUGUCAUGGGGUGGGUGUAUUGUUGGAAACGUGGCUUUUUCAGCAUGUACAUUUCAUCGAUUUUGAUUGUUGCAUAUUUCCCGUAAGUACCAUUUACAGAUUGCUGUAUUGGCAACUGACACCAGUAAGAAAAGUUUCGGCCUGGAGAAAGGGGAGCUUGUGAGCAAUCGUUUUCUAACUGGAAGAGUUAAAUUACACUUAAGGAACUGAGGGGAGCAGUAAACGAAACAACCCAUUGCAGAGAGGGGGAGAGAGAUCUUUCCGUGGACGUGUGGGGGUAAAACUAAGAUUGGUGCUCUCUCUUCUUUAGCCAACCUUGAAUGCACCCGGUGACUAUGAUAUUGAUUCUGAGGAUUUCUAUGCAAAGUUGGAUUAUUGUUACAGUGUAUCCAAUCUGAAGUAUUGCACAUCUGAACUGGGACUUUGAAUAACACUGAUGCCAAUACAGUGUGGGGUGCCAGAACGUGUCUGCUGAUCAUUUGUGAAACUUUCUAUUUUGUUUACCUGCUGUAUCGGAUGGGAGUUUGGGGGAGAGCGGUAGUAUUUUUUUUUUAAAUCAGCUGUGAAAAUGUUACAAAUCUGCACAAUAUUUUUUUAGUUGUGUUUUUCUUCUUUUCUUCAGGGGGGAGGGAGGUUUGUGGUGGUGGUUUGUUUUCCUUAUUUUUGGGUUGGCAAUAACUGAUUUUGAUUAGCUCUCUAAAGUACAAAGACUUCCUAAAAUGUGAUACAGGGCCAACAGCAACCCUGUGUCUGUAGAGUGCCUUCAAAACUCAGCUGUUCCAGCCGGUGCCAACCUGUGAAAGCUCCACAGAAUCCCAUUAUCUACUACUCCAGAAACUACUUAACAGCUUCCUUUCAGUAAUCACACUGAACAAGCCAGGACAAAAAGACCUAUUGUUUAGUGGAAUUUAUUUCUUAUUUCCAUUUGAGCCUUU